AAGCAGCAGGAAGCCGGCUCCUGUUAGUUUUGUAACAACGGUCCUACAAGCUGCAGACAGACCGGUCUGGAUGUCAUUCAUUGCUAUGUGGUGACAGAUGUUUGAGGAACCAGCAUGGAUCCGUCAGAGUCAGAGGGACAGAGAGCUGGCCUCGACCCAGAGCAGAGUCCCAAACCCGAGCUUUCUGCAGCGAUGCGGGCUAAAAUCGAGAGGAACCGACAGCAGGCGCUGAUGCUCCGGCAAGCGCGACUCGCAAGCCGCCCGUCGUCCGCUGUGGAGGGGGCGACCUCGGCAAAAGUCUCCAAGACCAUCGACUCUGGAGCCGGCUUCUUCAUCGAGGAGGGCGAGGACGCGGAGGAGGAGAAGAGGACCAGGAAGGUUGUGCAUCAGCCAGCUCCAGUCAUCGAGCCAGACUACCUGCUGUGCGAUGAUUGUGAAAAACCCUUUAUGGACUCGUACCUCAGCAACAGCUUUGACCUGUCUGUCUGUGAUAAGUGCAGAGACAACGAGGAGAAGCAUAAGCUUAUCUCCAGAACCGAGGCCAAGCAGCAAUACCUUCUGAAGGACUGUGACCUGGACAAGAGAGAGCCUCCACUCAGGUGUAUACUGAAGAAAAACCCUCACAACACUCAGUGGGGAGACAUGAAGCUUUACCUCAAAUUACAGGUGGAGAAGAGGAGUAUGGAAGUGUGGGGUUCAGAGGAGGCCCUGGAGGAGGCCAAAGAGACGAGGGAAGAGAACCGAGAGACGCAGAAACAAAAACGCUUCAACAAGAAGGUCAAAGAGCUGCGCAGGGCGGUAAGGAGCAGUAUGUGGACCAAAGACACCAGCGUUCACCAACAUCAGUAUGGACCAGAGGAGGUGGUAGAUCCGGAGGAGGACCUAUACAAGAAAACCUGCACCACCUGCGGACAUGAACUCACAUACGAGAAGAUGUAGACAUUUGCACACACCAACACUGACUGUUCAGUCUACAAGGAGAAGAUAUUUGGUGCUUUAAUGGGGAACCACACCACUCAGAAACCCUCGAUCCCUCCAGCUGUAUUCCCUUUUUCCUGGAUUUCUACUGGUAUUUAUUAAUAAAACACUCCAUCCUGACGACUUACAAGGGGCCAAAUUCACUCUCCUGUGUCACACUCAGGCUGUCAACUACUUUAUAUUUUAGCAGAUUGCCUUUCCACUCCACUGCCUAUUGCUACACUUCCCUUUUUUUUGUGUUGCAUACAGAGAUUCCCUCUGACAAUGGGCAAAUCAAGGAAUGCCCAAUACUGAAACUUGGGAAUACCAUUUUGCGUUAAAUAGUGACUUGUGAGGCCUGCUUUAUGACUGGAACAGAAAUUACUAGUAUGACUAAAACUGUUCUGCCUUGUAGGGUUCCGGGACAGAGGAUGUUGCAUGUGUACUGAUUGUAAAGCCCUCUGAGGCAAAUUUGAAAAUUGUGAUUUUUGGGCUAUACAAAAUAAAGUCCUUUUUA